CCUCUAUACUCAUCACUCACCAUGCCGCGAUCGCCAGAGAUAGUAUCACUGCAAGACAUCGCACCACCAACCAACCCCUCCAAAAAGACCACAGCAUCCAAGCCCGACCAGCCAAUCACAACAAACGCAGCAGAGCCCUACUCCGCCUUCCCUCAAUCCACCGGCACAUACCUGACCUACAUACUCGGCAUCAUCCAACUAAUCUCCACCCUCACAACAACAAUCUACUUCCCGCUCAUCCCCACCCUGAGCACCCACUUUUCCGUGUCUAUCCAGGCUAUCAACUUGACCGUAACCGUCUACGCAAUCUGCCAGGCCAUAUCCCCGGGUAUCUUUGGCUCUCUGGCAGAUUCAUAUGGCCGCCGACCCAUACUACUCGGUCUCGUUACUACAUAUAUGUUAGCGAGUCUGGGUCUCGCCUUAAACAAGAACAGCUAUCCGGUCUUAAUUACGCUGCGAGCGUUUCAGAGCAUAGGUGGCUCAGCUACGGUGCCGAUUGCGUAUGGUAUUGUGGCUGAUGUUGCUGUGGUGUCGGAAAGAGGGGGGAUGCUGGGACCUAUGUUGUCGACUUGCAAUGGGAUUUCAGCUUUCGGGCCCGUUAUUGGUGGGGCGCUUGCGAUGAAGUCUACAGGGCAUAUGGGCGUCUUCAUGGCGCUUUUGGGGAUCGCAAUCCUGUGUCUCCUUCUAGUGGGCUUUGUGCUACCGGAGACGUCAAGGACAAUCGUAGGGAAUGGAGGGAGACCUGCGACGGGGGUUUGGCGGACUUGGAUUUCUUUCCUUGGGCGGAAGGACAGCGAUCAGACGGCAUCCACUGCUACAAAUCGACCUGCGAUGCCCAAGUCUUCUCAGACUCUCUCAAGGAUCUUCAAUUCUAUACGUAUGAUCCGUCAUCCAGACGCAGCUGUGAUUCUCUGGAUGGUCGCUUCAUCCUACGGGAUCUACUAUACCUUCCAGGUAGCCCACUCCGUCAUAUUCAAGGAACUGUACGAAUACAACGAACUGCAAAUCGGACUAAGCUUCCUGCCUGCACUAGCUGGUAUGACAAUCGGCGGGACGAUAGCCGGGAAGCUCAUGGACAUCAACUACGCGCAUCAUGCGCGUCAAGCCGAGAUAGUCGACCCAGCAAACAUCCUGGAUUUCCCAAUUGAGCGCGCUCGGUUCAGGAACAUGGUUCCACUGAUCCUAGCUGAGAUGGCGCUGGUCACAGGCUAUGGGUGGACGGUGCAACAACACACUCACCCUUCCAUCCCUCUUGUACUAGAGUUCUUCGUUUCCGCACUGGCUACUCUGCUAAGUCACACUGCAAAUGCGCUACUCGUGGAUGUAUUUCCCGAAGUACCAAGCACGGCGUACGCGUCAGGUCAGCUUGCGCGAGGGGCGUUUAGUGCUGCGUCUGCAGCUAUCAUUGAUCCUCUGGUGCGCGCUGUGGGUCGCGGGUGGUAUUUCACCAUUCUCGCGGCAUUUACCGGGACGGGCUGUUUGGCUUGUGUGAGUUGA